CUGCAGGUCGAACAGGCUGCGCUGAUUUCCCAGUGACAGGGCAGGGGUUGUGUGAGAUUUCUUGGAAGGAGACUUCUAAAAACUUGAGGGUCUUCAUGGAGAAGACAAUGGCAGAAACGUGCUCUCCAGAGCUGGAAGAGAUGACAGGAGACAUGUUCCCCACGGCUGUGAGCGAGGAGAAGCUUCAAGAAGCUCGGAGGAAAUCCCUGAAGAAAAUUUUUGGCUCCAGCGAAGUGUUUUUAGAUGUCCACGGCAAAAGUGGUCAACGCACCGAGCAGACGUACGAGGAUAUUGUGCAGGGAAAGGCAGCCGAACACUAUCAAGGUGGUCUGCAGUAUUUGGCCCAGAAGGAAUGGGAGAAGGCUGUCAUCGCAUUUUCCAAAGCCAUUUACCUAUGGCCUGAGAAGGUCGAGCUGUAUGUGAAGAGGGCAGAGGCGUUCCUCCAGCUCCGUGACUUCCAGCGUGCAGCCCUCAACUUGAAGAAGGCUUGUUCCAUAGGACCGCCAGUCAGAGAACAUAUAGAGCUGCUGGCCCUUACAUAUAACCUGCAGGGACAGAGCUUGUUUGACCAGAACUGUCAUCUGGAUGCGUUUGAAUCUUUUACCCGCGCUGCGGAGCUGCAGCCUCAGAACAGCCAUUAUCACAUGCGCAGUAUUUCUUGUCUCGCUGCAUUGGGAAGAUAUGCAGAAUGCCUCCAGCUCUUGAAUAAGCAGCUGGAAGAAGAACAGGGGAAUCCUGACAUAUAUGUACUACGUGCCAGGCUCUAUGAUCAGCUCAAUAAGGCCACUUUUUGCUAUCAGGACAUCCACUCGGCUUUGUCAUUGGAUCCACAGCACCAAGAAGCCCUCGGCUUAAGGGAUAAAAUGAUAGCAACGGCAGAAGAAGCUAAAGAUAAAGCUGUGAACUUGGCUGUCCAGGGGCAGCUACAGGAUGCCUUAAAGAAGAUCUCUUUCGCCAUAGAGAACAACCCAUUAUCUGCUGAAUAUCAUAUAUUCAGAGGUACAGUGUACAGGAAGCUGAGCGAUUUCAGCUCCGCAGUGGAUGAUUUUGUACGGGCCAUGCAGCUUUGCAAUGCAGAGGGCAUAUCUGGCAGCGAAGGUAUGAACUUAUAUACGGAGGCUGAAAACCAGCUACUCCUCACCUACAACGACUUUGCCGUGCAUUGCUACAUGAAGGGCUUCUACCAAGAGGGGGCGCUGCUCCUGAACAAAGCGCUGAAUGGGGACAGGACCAAAAAAGAGCUUUAUAUGAACAGAGGAGACUGUUUCUUCCAGCUGGGGGAGCUCGCCUUUGCCCUGGCGGAUUAUCAGCAGGCAUUUGAACUGGAUGAAGAAGACUGGGGCAUCAGGACUCGAAUUGCUAAGCUCCUAGAUGAGAUAGGACUGCAGGCUCAGAGUCAGAAGCAGUACCAGCAAGCUGAGCGCCACUUCUCGGAGGCCAUCAUGAAACAUCCCUUGCUUCCCCAACUAUAUCUCCACAGAGCCAAAGUCAGGCGCUCGGUACAGAACGCCACAGGUGCUCAAGAGGACGCCGUCAUCUCUGUUCUGCUCAACCCAAAAAGCGAAGAGACCGCACCAACAAUCAUGAGUUUUUUUCCUGGAAAAACGUUGCAUGAAAUUCUAGCCAGCAAACUCGCCAGCAGCACUCGAUGUGUCCUGGGGCAAAAUCGGAAGACUCUCGGUUACCCGGUUACAUGGAAAGACGGAACUCAGUCUACCCGUGAAGAGAUGGAUGGCGCCAUUCCUGGAACCAGAAGAGAUCUUGCCAUUUGUAUGACUGAUCAGCAAGUAGCAGAAAUGGUCAUCAGGCGCAGGAAGCUUAAAUCAGAUAUCCAAGCAGCACUUAACAGACAAGGAUACCUGCGGUCCACGGCUCCUCGUAUCGCCGGACCCCCGCAGCCCCAGGAGGAAGCACCUGCCGCGCAAACUCCUUAUCACUGGAAGACAUUUGGUCUUGGACUGAUGAGCACGAGAUAGGAAGACGGUCUAUCAGCGGACUGCAAUCUGCAGCUCUCCUGCCGUCGUGACACUACACAUCCCAGC